GACACGGAGCAUCAGAACCGACACCCGACGCGACAAGCCAGGCGACACACGACCGGCACGCCAACGCCAACAGCCUCUCCUGCGCCGCUCCAGAUAUCCAUCUAUCCACACCCACGCGCGCCGGGCAUGAAGUUCGCGUGCUUCGGAGGCGCGGCGGCCGUCGCUGACGAGGCGGUGGCUGCGAGGACUCACCGUACUCCUCGCCGCCGAGGGAGGUUCUUCUUUGGUAGCAGCAAGGGCGAGAAGUCGCCGUCGCCGUCGACGGGGACGAAGAGGAUCACGUCGCCGGGCCGCCGCGAAAAAGACUUAAGUAUAUACGACAUGAUCGCUGCCGGCGCGGGGAAGUCGUCGUCCUCUUCCGUGACGUCCUCGUCGGCGCUCAGCACCGCGCCGUCGCUGGACUCGGCCUACUCCUCCUCCUCCUCCUCCCGCUCCUGCUCCCGGUCCUCCUCCUCCUCGUCGUUGUGCUUGGAAGUGGUGCCAACGCCGGCGAAGAAGCGGCCGGAGGAGAGGAGGUCGCCCGCGGUCGGCGUGGCGGCGGUGCUGGUGUGCCUCUUGAUGAUGAUGUUCUGCGGCCGGCUCGCGGCCACGCUGCUUACCACCGCGGUGCUCUGCUUCUUCCCGCGAACAUGGCCGCCUGCCAGGGCCAAGGCGGCCGAGAGCCUGCUGCUGGUUGCGUCGUCGCCGGAGCACAGCGCGGCGUCGAGGAGACAAGUGGAGACAAUCAAGACGAAGGCGGUUAUGGAUGGGUUCCUUGUGAGGAACCGCAAGAAGUGAUCCACCUUUGAUUUCUCCUUACUUUUUCUUUGUUAUUUAGCACAGUAGUUCCAUUAUUUUCUUAUUUUUUUGUCCGAGAGUUUAUGUAAUUAUAAAAUUCGGAUUAAGACUUAACACUGACAAAUAUACUGUGAGUU